CGUGAGGCACUUGAGGAAGUGCCCAGGGUGCUUUGAGAUGCCCAUAGGAUGCUUAGGGGUUCCUCUGGGGCUUCUGGAGUGUGUGGGGGAGGAUCUGGGGUGCCUAUACAGUGCUGGGGGGUGCCCAGGGAACCCACAGGAUGUCUGGGGAAGUGCCUAUGGGUGCUUGGGUUGAACGUGGGGUGCUUGUGGGGUGCUCAGGGCACCUAUGGGGUGCCCAGAGUGCCCACAGGGGGCUUGGUGGGUACUUUUGGGGUGCCUGGGGGGUGCCCAGGUUGCCCAUGGAGCGGUUGGGGGUUUCCCGGGGUGCCCAUGGGGUGCCUGGGGGGUGCCCAGGGUGGGUGUGGGCUGCUGGUAGUGCCCCCUGAGCCCUGCCCCGUGCUGCAGGCGGGGGUCCCGGCGGGGGUCCCAGAGGGGGACCCGACAGAUGCCACGACGGGGGACGGGCGCGUGCGGGCGCUGCAGAGGGAGGUGCAGGGGGUCACCACCAUCAUGACCCAGAACGUGGAGCGGAUCCUGGCACGGGGGGAGAACCUGGAGCAGCUGCACAGCAAGAGCCAGGACCUGGAGGCCACCUCGGAGCACUUCCGAACCACGUCCCAGAAGAUGGCCCGGCGCUACUGGUGGAAGAACGUGAAGCUGCUCGUCAUCCUCGGCCUCGUGGGUGCCAUCGUCCUCAUCCUCAUCAUCCUCCUGGCCACUGGCACCAUCCCCACCUAGAACCACCGUCCUGUGGGGACACGGCCACCCUGGAGCUGAAUACACACGGGGGGACGAGACAGA